AUGUUUCGCCCUCUCAACGCUCGCCUUGCGCGGACAAUCCGCCCCAUCAUUCAGAACGCCCAAAUCCGAGGCAAGUCUCAGAACUCAGCUACUACUGCUGCGGCAAGCCUCUCUGCGACGAAGCCCCAACAACCGCAGUCAAGGAACAUCAGCAGUAGCCCGCAUGUCAGAGAGAAGCCACACCCGGGUCAGUACUCUCGAACCGACCCUGAGGUGACGGUCGAGUACCCCGAGGACCACGAGCUCCCUUCCAGCCAGCCUGUUCGCGGCCACGGUGGCGGUAUUGGCAAGCCCACUCUCGCGUCUUUUUCUCUUGAGGGCCAUGUUGGUGUUGUGACGGGUGGUGCACGCGGCCUCGGUCUGGUCAUGGGCCAGGGCAUGGUCUACUCAGGCAGUGACCUUGCCAUUGUCGAUCUGAACAAGGAGGAGGCGGAACUUCAGGCAAAGAACAUUAUCGAAACGUUUAAAAAGGAGAACCCCGAAGCUACCAGAGUACCUAAAGUUACCGCUCAUUACUCCGACGUUUCAGAUCCUGCCUCUGUAGAGGCCUGCAUCGCCGAAGUCAUCGCUGCGCAUGGAAAGAUCGAUAAUCUUGUCACUUCAGCCGGCUUCACCGAGAACUUCGAUGCCGUCAACUACCCCAUUGACCGCAUGCGCAAACUCUGGGGCGUUAAUGUUGACGGCACCUACCUUUUCGCCAUCUCAGUAGCCAAGCACCUCAUGGAACGCAAGUCUCCUGGUAGCAUGGUCUUUAUCGGUAGCAUGUCUGGCUCCAUUGUCAACGUGCCCCAGCCUCAAGCGCCUUACAAUGCCGCCAAAGCUGGUGUCCGCCACCUGGCUGCCUCACUGGCCGUCGAAUGGGCUCACGCCGGCAUCCGUGUCAACUGCAUCUCGCCCGGUUACAUGCUUACAGCUCUGUAA